UCCCCUGCGUCUCUCUCUCUCUCGCUCUCUCUCUCUCUCUCUCUCCUUCAUUCACGCUCAUUCGCUCGCGUUCCCUACAAGGCUGAACACAAACUGCAGGAUGUCUAUAGUGAACAUUGUUGCCAGGGAGAUCCUGGACUCCCGGGGAAACCCCACAGUGGAGGUGGACCUGCACACUGAGAAAGGACUGUUCAGGGCUGCAGUUCCAAGUGGAGCUUCAACUGGCAUUUAUGAGGCUUUAGAGCUGAGAGACGGGGACAAGAGCCGUUACAAAGGCAAAGGCGUGCUGAAGGCUGUGGCUCACAUCAAUGACACCAUCAGACCCGCCCUCAUCGAGUCUGAGAUCAGCGUUGUUGAGCAGGAGAAGUUGGACAAUAUGAUGAUUGAGAUGGAUGGGACUGAAAACAAGUCUCAAUUUGGUGCCAACGCGAUCCUGGGCGUUUCCUUGGCGAUAUGCAAGGCUGGGGCAGCAGAGAAAGGCGUUCCUCUGUACCGCCAUAUCGCCGACCUCGCAGGAAACACCGAGCUGGUGCUGCCUGUUCCUGCCUUCAAUGUGAUCAAUGGGGGGUCCCACGCAGGGAACAAGUUGGCCAUGCAGGAGUUCAUGGUCCUCCCAGUGGGGGCGGAGUCAUUUCGGGAGGCCCUGCGUGUAGGGGCGGAGCUCUACCAAACCUUGAGGGGUGUGAUUCGCGAAAAGUACGGCCAGGAUGCCACCAACGUGGGCGACGAGGGCGGGUUCGCCCCGAACAUCCUGGAGAACAGCGAAGCGCUGGAGUUGCUGAAAACAGCUAUAGAGAAAGCUGGCUUCACAGACAAGGUGGUGAUCGGCAUGGACGUGGCAGCGUCUGAAUUUUACCAGGAUGGGAAAUAUGACCUGGACUUCAAAUCUCCCCCCAACCCCGACCGGCACAUCAGUGCCCAAGAGCUGUCGGAGAUAUACCAGAGCUUUGUCAACAAUUAUCCAGUGGUGUCCAUAGAGGACCCCUUCGACCAGGACGACUGGCCGGCGUGGUCCCAGCUGACGGCGUCGGUGGGCAUCCAGAUCGUCGGGGACGACCUGACGGUGACCAACCCCCGGCGGAUAGAGAGGGCGGUGGAGGAGAGGGCCUGCAACUGCCUGCUGCUGAAGGUCAACCAGAUCGGCUCGGUCACCGAGGCCAUCCAGGCAUGCAAACUGGCCCAGGAGAGUGGCUGGGGCGUGAUGGUGAGCCACCGCUCAGGGGAGACCGAAGACACUUUCAUUGCCGACCUGGUGGUGGGCCUCUGCACUGGACAGAUCAAGACUGGAGCUCCGUGCAGGUCAGAGCGCUUGGCCAAAUACAACCAGCUCAUGAGGAUCGAGGAGGAGCUGGGUGACCAGGCGCGCUUUGCCGGCCACAACUUCCGCAACCCGAGCGCUCUGUGAGGUCGGCGGGCCAACCGACGCCGAGACCAACCGACGCCGGCGAUUCACUUGAACUUUACCGACGGACGACAGGCAGGAUCGGACCGAGACCCAUCGCGCACGCGGAUGGCAAAGAAACGGACGGACAAAAGACAGACCGACUCACUGAGCGAGACCUCACCCAAUAAGUCACUAAAUCACCGAUGGGCACACACGCCGUCAGACGCGCUGACUGACAGAUAACAUUUAAUGGCCGACGGAUAUGCACUUCGAGACCGACUGCUUUACGUAGAGGAGAGAACGCAGUGUGUGGCAGAGUCUCCUUCUCUCUUUCACCUCUAACACAGAAAAGCACUUUGUCUAGCUCGCCCUCUUUUCCUUCCGCAGUCUCCUUUGCUCUUCCUUUCCCUCUCUCUUGCUUUCCAUUCACUCGAAUGUCCACAUAUCUCACCCACUUCAGGGCCCUGUCUUUCAGUGGCUCUUUGAACUACUGCUGUCCUGACUCCCUGACCCCACUCCAGCUUAACCUCUUGCUGUAUCUCCUUGCUCCUAUGCCUGUAGAGUCAUUCUGAAAAUGCAAUGCUUGCCACAGAACUACAAAUAAAGAGAUAAUUACUUAUGAUGUUAACUCAAACCACA